AUGUACACUCUCUGCUACAGCUUCCACCUCCGAGACCCCUACUUGAUGACCUUCCGAGACCCCCGCCCCGUCCACGCCCUAGACCUCCCCGAAAUCCGGCACCGCAUCGCCCGCCACCUUCAGCCCCGCUGCUCCGACAUCUUCUCAUGUAUGCUCGUCUCUCGAGGAUGGUACCAGGAUUUCGCUGGCGCCCUUUGGCAUACUCUUGGGGGGAGGGAGAUUUCUAUCCUUGGCACAUGGGAUGCGGAGAGAACUGAGUUGUUGGAUAAGUAUGGGCGGUAUAUCACUGUGGUCGAGACCAAAUCUGUGACGGAUUUCCGGACGCUGCAACAUGGCAGUAUAAGGAAUUUGGAGGGGUUGACGGUUUCGGUGACCGAGACUGAAGGGUUUAUGAGGGAGUUGGUGUCGGAUUUGGUGCGGCGGUGUCGGGGGACGUUGAGGAGGGUUAAUCUGCGAGGACCCCCAGCGGUAGCACCACAUGGAUUUCUUCAGGAACAGGAGGACGCGAGAUUGCUGUAUAAUUUUGAUAUCAACACCUUGGUGCCCGACAUGGAAUCGAGGCUGAAGGAGGUGGACAUCCACAACGUCGGAAUCACGCGAGAGGGGUUCUCGAAUUUCUUGAGGGGCGCUUCCAGUCUUCGCCACCUGCGCCUCGACAAUGUCUGUAUUGCGACCUUCAACCCUGGUGUGGAACUGUUCAAAGAGUCGAAACUGACACGACUGGUCUGCUCCGUGUCGCAAGUCAUGAACCCCGAGAAGGGACAACCCCUCGCUGCUUCUGCAACACCAGGUCCUUGUCUGCUGGUCCACUUUCCGGCACUCCAACACUGGACUGUCGAAUCCGGCUUUCCCAGCACCGAAAUCUCCGCUCUUACUCAAUUGCACCAAGCCGUCGUCGAGUACACACCCAACCUCCGCAACAUCCAAAUCAACCACACUAACAGCCACAUCGUGACAGAACUCCUCGCCCGUGUCUUUGUCAGCCUCCAGACCAGCUCCCUCCAAUUCAGCGACUUCACCUCCGACAACCAAUAUUAA